AUGUUGCAACAUCAGCAGCAUCAGGCCCAAUCCGCUGGCUACUAUGACUACAAUCAAACGCCGAGUCCCAGCAGCCUGACCAAUGCGGAUGCCCUCAACACGACGCCCUUCUCGGUCAAGGAUAUACUAAAUAUGGUCAAUCAGACGGAGGCUUACGACGGCGCCUACGGACAUCUCGAGAGCGCCGCAGCCGCCUCGGCGCUCUACGGCGCCGCCGAGUACCAACAGCAGCCGCUCGAGCAGCACCAGCUUCAGCUCCAGCAGCAGCAGCAGCAGCAACAACUCCAGCAGCAGCAACAACUCCAGCAGCAGCAGCAGCAGCUUGUCGAGGAGGAGGCUUUGGGCGCAUCCUCGCUGUCGCCGCUGUUGCCGCCGCCGCCGCAUGGUCAUCCCCAGCUUUAUGCCGGCUAUCACCAGGACUACGGCAUGCCCGCCCACAUGCUGCAGCACGCCCAUCCGCACGUCCAUCCCCAUCCCCAUCAGAGCUACCAGCCGGCGUACAAUGUGACCGCCUCUCAGUUCUAUGCCACGCCCACAGCUGGCGGGUAUCAGAGCAGCGCCGGCUACAACUACAACUACAACACGACGGCGGAUGUGUAUGCCAGCACCACGGCAAUGCCGAGCGUGCCGUCAUUGCCGGCGAGCAUUAAAAGCGAAUAUAUACCCACGCCAUAUGUGACGCCGUCGCCGACACUCGAUCUGAACAGCUCCACGGAGGUGGAGGCACAUGCUCCCGCCCACAAGCUGGCCAAUGGCAAUGGCAAUGGCAUCGCGCAGCGGCUGCUCGAGACGAGGGGCAUCAACGGGGCGACGACGGAGUGCGCCAAGCGAAAGGACAGCCAGGUGACCUCCUCCCGCUCCGAGCUGCGCAAAAACAACAGCGGGAACAACAACAACAACAACAACAACAACAAUAAUAACAACAAUUUGUCCGGAAAGCCGCGCAUGAAACGCAAGCCGCGUGUCCUGUUCUCCCAGGCGCAGGUCCUCGAGCUGGAAUGCCGCUUCCGGCUAAAGAAAUAUCUAACGGGCGCGGAGCGUGAAAUCAUUGCCCAGAAACUGAAUCUGUCGGCGACACAGGUGAAAAUCUGGUUCCAGAAUCGUCGCUACAAAUCGAAGCGCGGCGACAUCGACGGCGACACCUUCGCCAAGCACCUCAAGCUGAAGCCGGAGUCGCUGCCCCAAUCGCCCACGUCCACGUCCAGGUCCACGUCCGCGCUGCCACCGCCGCCCCCGCUGCCCAGCCACAUGAUGUGGCCUCCCCAGCAGCAGCAGGCGCAGGCGCAGCAUCAUCUCCAGCUGCAGCUCCAGUAG